CUCCCACGUGCUACUAUCAAUGGAUCCCCUGAAAGGACUGGAUGAAUCGUCGACGGACGACGAUGCCGCCUCCCAAACAACUGAAGACGAUCCUCAGGUUCCGGAAAGGCAAGAACCAGCGCCGCCGCCAGCCCCAGCCCCUUCCGCGCCCGCCCCUGGUAGCGCUCGCGAACGUCCGCAUUAUGAGCUGCGCCACACCAUGCGGGGGCACACGUCGUCGAUUUCCGCCGUCAAGUUUAGUCCCGACGGCACAUUUUUAGCAUCAUGUAGCAACGACAAAGUAGUCAAAAUCUGGUCACCAUUCACUGGAGAACUCAUCCGGAAUCUGAAUGGCCAUACAAAAGGCCUUUCUGACAUAUCAUGGUCUUCCGACAGUGUCUCCCUCGCCUCCGCUUCCGAUGACCAAACCAUACGCAUCUGGGACGUCGAUUCCGGGUUGACUACCAAGACACUGAAAGGGCAUUCGAGCUAUGUUUUCUGUGUGAACUACAACACAACAUCGGCAAUGCUUGUCUCCGGAGGUUGCGAAGGCGACGUCCGGAUUUGGGACGCCGCGAAGGGAAAAACCAAGAAGACUAUACAUGCUCAUUUGGACUACGUUACUGCUGUGCACUUCAACAGAGACUCAAGUCUUAUCGUGUCCUGUGCUUUGGACGGUCUGAUCCGAAUAUGGAACGUGACUUCCGGCCAAUGUUUGAAGACUCUUGCAGAAGGUCAUGACGCGAUAUGUCAACAUGUGCAGUUCUCGCCCAACUCGAAGUAUAUCCUGUCGACUGCGCAUGAUAGCGCAAUUCGCUUGUGGGACUAUCAAACGUCGCGCUGUCUCAAGACGUAUAUCGGACACAAGAACGAGAAGUAUUGCAUCGCGGCUUGUUUCAGUGUCACCGGCGGCAAAUGGAUCGUCUCUGGCAGCGAAGACAAUAAAGUCUACCUCUGGGACCUACAAAGCAGGGAGGUCGUCCAGGUGCUUGAAGGGCAUAACGAUGUCGUCGUUGCUGUUUCUACGCACCCCGAACAAAACAUGAUUGCGUCAGCUUCUAUGGAAUCCGACUUGACCGUCCGAAUCUGGGUUGACCGCAGGACGUAACUUUCCAUUACCUUACCAUCCGUUUUCGAGCUAUCGUGCGCUUUAUGAUUGAACAUAUCAACUCCCGUGCUUUGUGGAUUGUAUAACAAUAGUGUAAUAUGCAUUGCUGUCUGUUCCGAACGCCUGUAGAUACUGUUACAACCUGUAGAGAGCUAGUAUGCGGAAAGCGACACGAUGAAUCCAGGGACAACCCGUCAUACUGGUUCUGCAUUGAUGAGAUCUGGCAAAACAGCGAGUCAGAUCUAGAUCCACAGGUAGUUUAAGUUACUGCAAACCUUUGGCAAGCUCUCUGUCGGCG